CUGGGGAGGGGUUGGAUUGAACUAUUUUCGCCCUCUUUCGUACGCUGUCCGCCCCCUUCGUGUUCCAGCGACUGUGUUGUCCCCCCCCACCCUCUUUGCCGAGUGGGGUGCUGCAGCUCAGUGCACAUCGCGGCGGCGCUUUGAAGUGAUGUAGCGCGUGCGGCUUGAUGUCAGCGCGAGGCCUCAGCUUGCUCCGCCCGGAUGAACUGUAAAGAUUGUUCCCCUCCAGGGGACAGCCUUCCUGGAUUUGUGUUCAUAACACCUUUACUUAUGCUUAAAUACCAUCCGUGCCAGUUGGAUAUAUGGAAGUCAACUAAGAUUUGGUGGAUGCAGUUGAAUAUCAUUUUUGAGUCCACUGAUUUUCCUACUGGGGUGCCUGUUUUUUUAAACCAUCCCACAAAGAGUUAAUGCAUGUCUCUAGAGGAUAGCUGACCAUUAGCAACUUUACAAUACAUAUCUGGACGUCGCCAGCAUUUCCCAUGUUAACAGUUCUGAGCAUGUUUUACUAUAUAUAUCUUCGGCGCCGAGCCAGGACAGCUACAAGAGGAGAACUGAUGAACAAUCGGAGAGCCAUUGAAUCAAGCCGGCCCUUACCUAUCAAUGUUGAAUUAGUCCAAUAUGCCAAAGAAGUAUUGGAUUUUACUUCCCAUUAUGGUAGUGAAAACAGUAUGUCAUAUACCAUGUGGAAUUUGGCUGGAGUUCCUAAUGUGUACCCUAGCUCUGGUGAUUUUACUCAAACUGCUGUAUUUAGAACUUAUGGAACUUGGUGGGAAUUGUGUCCUAGUGCCCGAUUACCUUUUACGAGAACACCACCUAACUUCCAUAGUCAGGACUAUGUAGAGCUUGCUUUUGAGGAACCAGUUUAUCCUACAGCAGUACAUGUUCUGGAAACUUACCACCCUGGUUCUGUCGUUAAGAUUUUGGCAUGUUCUGCAAGUCCUUAUUCCCAAAAUCUGCCUGCUGAUAUAAGGUGGGAAGUCCUUUGGUCAGAAGCACCUACGAAAGUGAAUUCACCUCAGGCACGGCAGUUUUCACCGUGUAUCAAACAGAUAAACUUUCCUACAAACCUAAUUCGCCUGGAACUAAAUAGUUCCCUUCUGGAUUAUUACACUGAAUUGGAUGCAGUAGUAUUACAUGGUGUGAGAGAGAGGCCUGUGCUUUCACUUAAUACUACAAUGAUUGCUAUGGAUGAUGUGGAUGAUGAUGAAGAUGAAGAGAUGGAUGAUGGCUUGGAUUUCCUGCAUAAGCAGUUUAGUGCAACUGCCUUGAGGGAAUCAGCAACUAAUGGAUAUUUCGAUAAAUUGCCUUAUGAGCUCAUCCAGUUGAUUUUGAGUCACCUUACAGUUCCAGAUCUAUGUAGUCUAUCUCAAACGUGUAAGCUACUCUAUCAGCAUUGCUGUGAUCCUCUACAGUACAUUCACCUCAGUCUGCAACCUUAUUGGGCAAAGAUAAAUGACACAGCUUUGGAGUACCUACAGCGUCGCUGUGUCCUUGUCCAGUGGCUGAAUUUAUCUUGGACUGGGAACAGAGGAGCAAUUUCUGUUUCUGCAUUUAGCAGGUUUCUGAAAGUUUGUGGUUCAGAGCUACUACGUCUGGAGCUGUCCUGUGGCCAUUUCCUCAAUGAGACUUGCUUGGACAUUAUUGCUGAGACAUGUCAAAAUCUUCAGGAAUUAAAUCUUUCCUCCUGUGAUAAGCUACCACCUCCAGCUUUCAUCCACAUCGCCAAAUUGUACAACCUUAAACGUCUAAUUCUUUAUCGAACAAAGGUAGAGCAAACAGCAAUGCUCAGCAUUCUGAACUUCUGUUCAGAGCUUCAGCACCUCAGCCUGGGUAGCUGUGUAAUGAUUGAAGACUAUGACACAGUAGCUAGUAUGAUGGGAGCCAAAUGCAAAAAGCUUCGUACACUGGAUUUAUGGAGAUGUAAAAACAUUACUGAAAAUGGAAUAGCAGCACUAGCUUCUGGCUGUCCACUGCUGGAGGAGCUUGAUCUUGGCUGGUGCCCUACGCUUCAGAGCAGCACUGGCUGCUUUGCAAAACUUGCACGUAAACUCCCAAAUUUGCAAAAGCUCUUUCUGACUGCCAACAGGUCUGUGUGUGACUCUGAUAUAGAAGAACUUGCUGCUAACUGCACUAAUCUCCGUCAGCUUGAUAUAUUGGGAACAAGAAUGGUGAGCCCUGCAUCUUUAAGAAAAUUGCUGGAGUCUUGUAAAGAUCUUUCCUUACUUGACGUGUCCUUCUGUUCACAAAUUGAUAAUAGAGUUGUCCUAGAACUGAAUGCCAACUUUCCUAAUGUGUUCAUCAAAAAGAGUUUCACUCAGUGACUCAGUUCUUCUGCUGCUUUAUGGAACUGAUUUGACACAAAUUCUGUUUCUUGUGAAUUUUUUGACGAUUUUCAAAGGAAAAAGUCUCCUUGGAAUAAUAGGGAAAAGUGAAUUCAGCUUGAUGUGAAAGCUAAAUAUGGAAUCAAAGAUUUAAAUUGUGAUGGGGACAGCCAUUAUUCUUUGUACUGUAUCCAGUUACUAUACUGGGUAAGUGACAUGACGUUUUGA